CCAUAGACCUAAAUAACCUAUAAUAUUAUUAUAUGUCAUAAUAACCACAUACAACAUAACAGAGACCAGAGUAGAAUUAACAGUGGUUUUUACGUUAUAAACGUCCGUUUUGACAAGUCGUAGUUGUUUUGUGCCCCAAGUUAUCAGUUAAAAUAAAAAUUUAAAAAGAUGCCACGAGCAGAAGUAGGUACGCCAAAAUAUUUGGCUAACAAAAUGAAAGCCAAAGGUCUGCAGAAGUUGAGAUGGUAUUGCCAAAUGUGUCAGAAGCAAUGCAGGGAUGAAAAUGGUUUCAAAUGCCACACAAUGUCUGAAUCUCAUCAAAGACAACUACUUCUCUUUGCUGAUAAUUCCAAGAGGUUUAUGGAUGAAUUUUCAUUUGAUUUCCAAAAAGAAUAUUUGCAAAUUUUGAAAAGGCAAUUCGGAACUAAAAGAGUCAAUGCUAAUCGUGUUUAUCAGGAGUAUAUCUCAGACAAAAAUCAUGUACAUAUGAAUUCAACACGAUGGGUUACUCUAACUGGAUUCGUCAAAUGGCUAGGAAAGACUGGAAAAUGUGUUGUUGAUGAAACGGAGCAAGGAUGGUAUAUAACAUAUAUCGAUAGAGAUCCAGAAACAAUAAUGAAGGAGCAGAAAAAACUGAAGAAGCAGAAAAUGGAAAAAGAUGAUGAAGAAAGAAAUCUUCAAUUCAUUGAGAAGCAGGCAAAAUUGGCUCGAGAAAAAGAAGCCCUCAAAGAACCUCAAGAGGAAAAAAAAUCGGAAUUGGUACGCAAUAACGAAGAAGAAAUUCUAAAACUGGAUAUCAAGCUUUCUAAAAGAGAAUCGGAGAAAAUAUCAAAUCCAUUCAGUAGUAUCAAAAGGAAAGUUGAGAAAGAUGUCUCUCAAAGUAGAAAAAAAAUCAAAGAGGAUUCUAGAAAAACAGCUCUCGAUGAAAUACGAGAAAUUGAGGAAAAGAAAAGAGAACAAAAAAAUAGGAAAGAUUACUGGAUCACAGAAGGAAUAAUUGUUAAAAUUUUAACAACCACUUUGGGUCCAGAUUUUUACAAAAAAAAAGGUGUAGUAAAGGAAGUAAUAAAUAAAUAUCAUGCUAUUGUUAAAUUAAUUGACACUGGUAAAAAAAUUAAAAUUGACCAAGAAUUUCUUGAAACUGUAAUUCCUGCAAUUGGUAAACCGAUUUUAAUUGUGAAUGGUGCUUAUAGGGGAGAGAGAGCAACACUUCUUUCAUUGAAUGUUGAUAAAUUUUGCGCUAGUGUUGAAAUUGAGAAAGGACCACUGAAGGGUAGAAAACUUGACCUACCUUAUGAAGAUUUUUGUAAAGUAGAUGAAUAAUAAUUUAAUAGGUUAACAGAAACUAAGUUUAUAUUGUAAAUAUGUAAAUAAAUAGAAUAAUACAUUUCAAUAUAUAUUUUGAUUUAUC